AUGGGGUCCCUCCCAUUCCCAAGCGAGGUGAAGGACGAGGCGGAACAGCCGUUCGAACGACCCGCGUGGUUGCAGCGCGUGGCGGAGCCCUUUGAUGCUAUAGACCUCUCUGCGCGGAGCCGGCUGCAGGAGAUGUCUAAGCGGCGCGAUCGUCUGACACGGCAGCUGCGUGCACUCCAGGCCGCCCAGGCCGCCUUCCUCAAUGUUGUGGUGCAUUUGCGGUCAAACGAGCAAGAACAUACAAGCUGCAAUGAGAGUUUUUGGCCUGCUGUUCGGCACGUGUUGCACCUUACACUUGCGGAGACGGUUUCCUAG